AUGGACCAACACGACGACUUCGACAAUGUUUCCUGGAAGCAUGAUGCCGACAGUGAUGUGUCCCGACCGACAACUUCAGGCACAGAUGUUGAGGAGUCGCAUAAAUAUGAUCAUGAUGCCAAUGGCAAGCGGAGGAUGAGCUCAGCUCACGAGGAACCGCAGGCUGGUCCACUAGCCGACGCCGUGGACUUGGCAGGUAUCGGUGAUGGUGUACUCGAGUGUCGGGUUGACACGCCCUUGAAAGAGAACGAUGGCACAAAAGAUGCGUACAUCUCGUACCUGGUCACAACACAUACCGACUUCAAAGCGUUUCAAAAGCCCGAAUUCUAUGUCCGUAGGCGAUUUACCGAUUUCUAUUUCCUGUACAAAACCCUCUACCGUGAAUACCCAGCAUGCGCGGUCCCGCCGUUGCCGGACAAGCAUAAGAUGGAGUAUGUGCGAGGCGACCGGUUCGGCUCGGAGUUUACAACGCGGCGAGCAUGGUCCUUGCAUCGGUUUUUGAAGCGGCUGACACUGCACCCUGUACUCCGCCGUGCACCAUUGCUUGCCAUUUUCCUGGAAUCUGCCGACUGGAAUGCACAUAUGCGACUUCACUCAAACCGCGGGUCUACAACUGCCUCAUCAGAGAACGCCCCGACCAAGAUUUUUGAUAACUUCACCGAUACAUUCGUCAACGCCUUCACUAAGGUUCAUAAGCCUGAUCGCCGGUUUAUCGAGGUCAAAGAGAAGGCUGAUAAGCUCGACGAGGAUCUGUCGCAUGUAGAGAAGACCGUGGCGCGGGUCGCACGGCGUGAAUCCGAUCUCGAGACGGAUUAUACCGAACUUGCAUCCCAGUUCCGUAAAUUAGUUCCAUUGGAGCCAGCCGUUGAGAUGCCAUUACAGGUGUUCGCCGCAUCGGUAGAGGAAACUGCGCGUGGGGUACGGGGGUUGAAGGAUCAUACUGACCAGAACUACUUGGGUUCCCUGCGGGACAUGGAAGCAUACAUUCUGUCGGUCAAGUCCCUCUUGAAGACCCGUGAACAAAAGCAGCUCGACUUCGAGGCCUUGGUUGAUUACCGCAACAAGGCCGUGGCUGAGCGAGACUCUUUAGCUGCUAACCCGGCUGCUUACUACGCAUCCAAUCCGCUCACCUCUUCUCCUGCCUCCUUUAUUCGCUCUAAAAUGGAGGAUAUGCGUGGUGUUGAUCACGAACAAUCUCGCCGCGAACGUGUCCGCAAGCUCGAGCUUCGCAUCGACGAGCUGACGCGGGAAGUCGAAUCCGCGAAGACAACGUCCGAAAUGUUUGACGAGGAGGUAGUUCGCGAAGUGGCAGAUUUCGAGCGCAUCAAGGCUGUUGAGUUUCGGGAUUCCCUUGGCGCCUUCGCAGAGUCUCAUAUCGACUUCUACCAGGGCGUUCUCUCAACUUGGGAGCGCUUUAUUGCAGAGAUGGAAGGGGAUUCUGAACUGGGACUUGAAUCUGAUACGGCUCCGGAAGCACGGUAA